AUGCACUCCACGGCCGAGUUCCGCGGUACAAUGACGCUGCAUGAGAGGGGUAAACUGUCCGGCGGCGAUCGUAUUCUGGGCAGUGUCAUAAUAGAGGGCUAUGCAGCAAAGCGACUUCGGCUAAGAAUUCGAGAGCUCGAAGAUCAACAAUCAAGAGUCAGCAUCGAGUCCAGUACCUCAAGCCCCCUUGCGACCGCGAGUUCGUCAAUUGAAACGACCAGCUCAAAGCUUGGCGGCGUAUUCCAUGUGCAAUGCGAAAAUCCAAUUGGCAAUGGUGGUCCGAUUGUUGCGCGCAGCAUGAUGCACAAGACCCGAAUGUUUGGCCAGAGCCAUUGGUGCGUGACUGGAGUUCUGUUGAUUCGCGACAUUUUUGAGACGAUAGACGCGCAGCUCCAAGAGCGAGGCGCUGAGGCUUGGGCAGGUAUUACAAGAUGCAAGGGACUAGCUCGCUUCAUCAAGGCCAGACGAUCGCCUCCUUGGCCGCCGACAAAGCUUUCUCCGCUGCCCGAAAAGCCGCUCGCAGACAGACUGGUUGAGAAUUACCUGCAAAACACCGAAUCGUUAUACCGCGUUCUGCAUAUACCGACCUUUCGAGAGCAGUACGAUGCUCUCUGGGUAGCAGGGUCAGCACCUGACACAGCGUUUCUCGUGCAAACGGUGCAAACGAAUAUUCUAUUGCUUUUUGCGCAGGAGCGGCUCGGCAUCAUUGCAGAUUCCAUGUCGAUAUCAAUGGGAUGGCUAAUCCGCCGGGCCAUGUAUAUGGGGCUUCAUAGAGAUCCAGCCCGACUACCCGAAAGAACUGUUCUCACCUGUGAGAUGCACCGCCGCUUGUGGAACACGAUUGCCGAAUCAAAUCUCCAGUCGAGCCUUGGCUCGAGAGGGUCGGUGUUUCUGUCCAUGAGCGACUUUGAUACAAAGACACCCGGCAACUUUGACAACGAACAGCUGCUCGAGCUCGAUCCUGUGGCACGGCCAGCGCACGAAUGCACACAAAUGACCAUGGCGCUGGCUCUACGGGAGACUUUUGCCCAGCGACUAGACGCGUUGCGGUUCCUGAAUGACGUGUCAUCUGGCGGUUCAUACGACGAGACGCUUCGGCAGGGCGCCAAGCAGGCGCUGACCAGCACCGAGCUGCGCGUUCUCGACAUCAUCAUGUAUCGCUAUCUCACGGCUCUGCAUGUGCCAUACUUUGUCGCAGCAAUGCAAGACGCCAAAUAUGCAUACUCGCGAGUCGUAGUUGUGGACUGUGUCCUCAAGAUUUGGACCUCACUAGCGGGCCGCACAUGGAUGCACGCUUCCUGCGCGCAAUCGCCGAUUGGAGCAGCAGAUAAUCUUCGGAGGCAGGUGACUCGCGGCAUGAGCUUCUUCAUGAUUGCUGCAAUGCAUUCCGCGCUGCUUAUUGUCAUGGAGCUCCGCGCGCAGCUUAAGGAGAGCGAUGGGCUAGGGGGAGGGGGGAAUGAACCCGUCUUUCAAAGCUAA